GUAUUCUUUCGUUCUUCAUCAUCAGUUGGAAUCGUAAACCUCAAACCCCUUCUCCCAGGACACGUCUUACUCAUUCCACGUCGUAUUGUCCCUAGAUUAGCAGAUUUGAGAUCAGAUGAGGUGAUCGACUUAUUUCUUUCCGUUCAGAAAGUGGGCAAGAUUUUGGAGAGGGUGUAUGAAGGUGAAGCAUUGACCAUUUCUCUUCAAGAUGGCAAAAUAGCUGGUCAAAGUGUCCCACACGUCCACGUACAUAUCAUCCCACGUCGUCCUACCGACUUCAAAGGUGAUAACGAUCGAAUUUACCCCGCUUUAGAAACUUCUGAACUGCGACUUGAACAUGACUUGGCACGAGCGCAACAAUCCACUGAAACUCCCGAUGAGAGUAGCUCAACAGCUGGGUGGAGAAUACCAAAAGAUGAAGAUAGAUCACCUCGUACGAUGGAAGAAAUGGAACGUGAAGCUACAAGGUUGGCUGGGUUGUUCACCGACCUGGCGUAA